UGUCUCUCACUGGCUAAAACCGGUCGCUAGGCUCCUCCCUCUUACAAUUGCGACAAAUAGAACAAGUCACUAGCAUACGUAGCUUGGGUUCAUUGGUUGAUAAAAAUCCCUUUGUUAAUAUGUCUCAAGAUAAGAGUGCAUGCACACAGUACAAUAAGCCUGUCACUGAAAUAAAUAGAUCUUUUUCGGAAUCGGAUAUGAGUACAAUUGGUGGUACCGAAUACACAACGCCAACUUCAACGAGGCACAUGUUUGUCUCAACUCGCCUAAAAAGAAAAAGAGAGGAUAUUGAUCUAUCUUCCGAACUGACAAACUUCAAAGAGGAAAUAAAAAAUAUCAUGACGACCAUGAUUAACGAGCAUAGCGCGGAACUAAAAAAAAUCAAUCCUACUUUAGCAGACAUAAAAAAUACAAACCACAAUAUUGAAAACUCAAUUGCAUUUCUCAUGGCGCAAAAUGAUGAGUACAAGAAAAAAAUUGAAAAAUUGGAACAACAGUCACAGCAAGAUCGGUUAAAUAUAGCAACCCUGGAGGAAAAAAUUGAAGAAAUGCAUAAGGGCAUGAGAAAGGCUAAUUUUGAAAUUAAAAAUGUCCCAAAAAAGAUGAAUGAAACAAAAGAAGACUUACUCGAAAUGGUUAAGUGUCUGACUUCAAACAUUGGCUGCCCUCUUCCCAAAACCGAGAUUAAAGAUAUUUACAGGCAACGCUCUAAGAAGGAAGGUAUUAAAAACUCGACUAUCUUGGUUGAGACUACUUCAACGUUGCUUAAGAACGACAUCAUAAAAAUGUGUAAAGCUUUCAAUAUAAAACACAAGUCUAAAUUGUGCGCUAAACACCUAGGACUCCAUAUCAAUGAAGAUACUCCGAUUUAUAUAUCUGAAAAUCUAACGCCAAAAGCAUCUAGACUCCUUUUUCGUGGUAAAGAGUUGGUGAGAUCAAAGGCAUAUAAAUAUUGCUGGACUUCGUAUGGUAAAGUAUAUUUAAGGAAAGAUGAUAAUACACCUAUACUCUUACUCAAGACGGAAGCUCAAAUACAGCAAAUAAUGCAAUCCUGCUGA